UGAGAGACGGGACUUCCGGAAAGUGGCGGUUUCUCUGAGCUUGAUUGGUUGUUGCUUUGAGUCGCCCCGCCCGUGUCCUUGCUUUCUUCCUGCUGCGCGUGCUCGUUGUCAGUCCCGAACCACGCCAUGGCGGACCCAGAGUCCUUGGGCUUUGAACACAUGGGCCUGGAUCCCCGGCUCUUGCAGGCUGUCGCCGAUCUGGGAUGGUCGCGACCUACGUUGAUUCAAGAAAAGGCUAUCCCGCUAGCCCUAGAGGGGAAAGACCUCCUGGCCCGGGCCCGCACUGGUUCCGGGAAGACAGCUGCUUAUGCUAUUCCGAUGCUACAGCUGCUGCUCCACAGGAAGGCGACAGGUCCUGUGGUGGAACAGGCUGUAAGGGGAGUUGUCCUUGUUCCUACCAAGGAGCUAGCACGGCAAGCUCAGUCCAUGAUUCAGCAGCUGUCUGCCUACUGUUCUCGGGAUGUGCGGGUGGCCAAUGUCUCAGCUGCUGAAGACUCAGCUUCUCAGCGAGCUGUACUGAUGGAGAAGCCAGAUGUAGUGGUGGGGACCCCAUCCCGUAUAUUAAGCCACUUGCAACAAGACAACUUGAAACUGCGUGACUCCCUGGAGCUGCUGGUGGUGGAUGAGGCUGAUCUUAUUUUUUCCUUUGGCUUUGAGGAAGAACUGAAGAGUCUACUCUGUCACUUGCCCCGGAUUUACCAGGCUUUUCUCAUGUCAGCUACAUUUAAUGAGGAUAUACAAGCAUUAAAGGAACUGGUACUACAUAAUCCGGUUACCCUCAAGUUACAAGAGUCUCAGCUUCCAGGAUCAGACCAGUUACAGCAGUUUCAGGUAGUCUGUGAGACUGAAGAAGACAAAUUCUUGCUGCUGUAUGCUCUGCUCAAGCUAUCAUUGAUUCGGGGCAAGUCCCUGCUCUUUGUCAAUACUCUAGAGCGGAGUUACCGGCUCCGUCUAUUCCUAGAGCAGUUCAGCAUCCCCACCUGCGUACUCAAUGGAGAACUUCCCCUGCGCUCCAGGUGCCACAUCAUCUCACAGUUCAACCAAGGCUUCUAUGACUGUGUCAUAGCAACAGAUGCUGAAGUCCUGGGGGCCCCAGCCAAGGGCAAGCGGCAGGGACGAGGGUCCAAAGGAAACAAGGCCUCUGAUCCAGAGUCAGGUGUGGCCCGGGGCAUAGACUUCCACCAUGUGUCUGCUGUGCUCAACUUUGAUCUCCCCUCCACCCCGGAGGCCUACAUCCAUCGAGCUGGCAGGACAGCGCGAGCCAACAACCCAGGCAUAGUUUUGACAUUUGUGCUACCCACAGAGCAGUCACACUUGGGCAAGAUAGAGGAACUUCUCUGUGGAGAGGGCGAGGUCCCAGUCCUGCUUCCCUACCAGUUCCGAAUGGAGGAGAUCGAGGGUUUCCGCUAUCGAUGCAGGGAUGCCAUGCGCUCAGUAACUAAGCAGUCCAUUCGGGAGGCAAGACUAAAGGAGAUUAAGGAGGAACUUCUGCAUUCAGAGAAACUUAAGACAUACUUUGAAGACAAUCCCAGGGAUCUCCAACUGCUGCGACAUGACCUGCCCUUGCACCCUGCAGUCGUGAAACCUCACCUGGGCCAUGUACCUGACUACUUGGUCCCUCCUGCUCUUCGUGACCUAGUACGCCCUUACAAGAAGCGGAAGAAGCUGUCCUCCUGUAGGAAGGCUAAGAAAGUGAAGACCCAGAACCCACUGCACAACUUCAAGCACAGAGGAAGGAAAUCCAGACCAACAGCCAUGCCCUCCUGAGAUUGCCUGGGCCUGAGUUCGAAGUGGAUUGGGCUUCCUUGCCUGGAUGGAGUGGGUUUCCCACACUUCAUGUGCGCACACUCCUGUGCUUGCUAACUGGAUAGACUGAACUCUGGGGAGGCUCUGGACCCUCCAGAUCUGCCAAGCUGCCAUUUGCCCCUUAAUAGAAUAACAGUUCCAGCUGCCUCAGGUUGUGCCUCUGGGUUAUGUGGGAAGGGACUAUUUCCCCAAACCUUGGAAGAUGGGAAACUUCAGAAGGUGGUGGUGCCUAGCUGCUGCUGCAUGCAGUGCCUCACAUGACCAGCAGAUGUCAGUUGUGCAAAGCCAACUGCUAAGAAAAGCCUGUCCUGGUCCAGUUGGUUCAGCAUGGGGCUAGGCCAGCCUAGAGCCUCUGCCCUGCUGCUGCAACCUUACCAUGUGGUUCAGGCUGAUAGAUGUACCUGCAACCUAGGAGACAGAUUUUCCUUACCACAAGCCUUGGAUUGCCCCUUACCCAAUGCACGCUCAUUUAGAUAGAGGAGAAUGUUGCCCACCCCUCAGAGGAUUCAGGGCAGCUAUUUCCCUUCCCAGAUGAUAACUCAUGUGUCAGUUGUUGUCUGUAUUUCAGAUACACAAGUGGUAGUACAACAUGCAUACCUACUGCAUCUCUUCCUGUGUCUUAACCUGAGUACCCAGCUGCAUUCCCAGCCUGAAGGUUGGGCCUCUUAAUUUCUGUUAUCUGCUGGCUUCAGGGCUGGAUUGCUCCGCUUUUUACAGUGUUAACCUCAUAGUUACCUGAAGCAUCACAAGGGUAGGCUGGGGGCAGGUGACAAGGAGUGGGAACUGGGAGAAGUAGGGAAGUGUUGAAUCUGAGACUGGGCUUUGGUUAUGGUUAGGGUGUAGUGGUACAGGGUUUGCAGGAUCUGAGCUUUGGGGUCUUCACAAUCUCUGCCCUUCUGUUAAAUCCUGAGGAUUUCUAGGAAGUCAGGGUGUAUGGCAUAGGGACAGGCUGUUGGUGGGAGUGAGUAAGAGCCGCCAGGGCAACACCACAGCAUUCUUACAGCCUGACAGCUCAGAUACAUUUAGAAGGAAAAGCAGUCAGUGGAGCUGCAGAUAAGAGCAAUUCCAUGAGCAUCUUUUGGGAAAUAGAUGACUGUCAGAACUGCAGAGCCCACAUCAUAGAAGGGGAGAUAGGCAAAGAGUGCUUCUAGUGCUUUGGCUUAGUCUUCCUAUUCUGUCUUAUUGGGAAUGCUGGGAAUAGUGAGCUAAUUUGGGUGUUGCAGCUACUCUGUGCUCUAAGAUGAUACAUAACUGGUUCCUAUGGG